UUCAAGCCACGUGACAUCAUGGUCAAAACAUGACGUUUCAUUUCCGUGUGGACAAAAUGGCGGAAGUGGCUGAGUCAAGUAAACCUAUGUUUGCAGGUCUGUCAGAUGUAUCCAUAUCAGGAGACAUCCCUGUUGAGGGGGAGAUCAAUGUUCCUGUUGGAACCCCCAGUCAUGAUGACGAAUACUCCACACUGGAUGAACCUGUCAAAGACACCAUAUUGCGAGAUCUGAAAGCUGUGGGGAAAAAGUUUGUUCAUGUGAUGUAUCCUAAGAAGAGUUCCACGCUACUAAGAGACUGGGACUUAUGGGGCCCAUUAUUGCUCUGUGUGACACUGGCUCUGAUGUUGCAGGGGGGUUCAGUUGACAGUAAGGAAGACGGAGGGCCCCAGUUUGCAGAGGUGUUUGUGAUCAUCUGGUUUGGAUCUGUCAUUAUCACACUGAACUCAAAGCUGCUGGGAGGAACCAUAUCUUUUUUCCAGAGCCUGUGUGUGCUAGGCUACUGCAUCAUGCCUCUGACCGUGGCAAUGGUUGUCUGUAGGCUGGUGCUGCUGGGUGGGUCUGGGAUGGUCAGCUUCAUCGUCCGACUAAUUGUGGUCACAGCAUCAUUCAGUUGGUCCACGUUUGCCUCCACAGCUUUCUUAGCAGAUAGCCAGCCUUCCAAUCGCAAAGCUUUGGUGGUGUAUCCCGUCUUCCUCUUUUACUUCGUCAUUGGAUGGAUGAUUCUCACGUUCUCACCGUCCGCGUAACAGUGGACUUAUCUCUAAACUGAACUUAACACAAUCCUUUUGGAAUAGAAUCCUUUUGGAAUAGAAGGAUACAAAUCAACACCUUGUCAUUUGGGAAAGCCGAGGACCAUGAAGUGUUGGGAGUACUCUUGGUGGAAAACGUUGUGCAUGUUCCGUUGGCGCCACAAGGAAAAUGGUGAGAUUUGACAAAAGUGCACAGUACUUUGCCUCUCUCUUUUUUUGUUUCCAUUAUUGCUAAGCUCAGCUAAGAAAUACGGUGGAGUACAAUGCAUACAAAAGAGUCAAAGUGAGUCCCUAUAAGGAUAUCAGAAAAGCUUAUCUGCUUGAUUAAACAGGCUCUCUGUGUCUCACAUGAAGAGUGAGCUAGCAGGAAUAAACUAGCAGGAAUAAAGGGGACCAUGAGAUCUAUAUUCUAUGUGACGGUCCAUUUACCUAUCCCACUGACUAAUAUGUGAUGCCAGUGUGUAUGUAUACUGUACUCACUACAGCCUGCUGCAUAUGCCCCAUUUUCAACAUUACUUAGAAGCUUUCUGUUUUAUUUUGGAAUAAGUUAAUUAUUUACAAGUAGUAUUAUCUCAUUUAGAAAUUAGGAUUUGAUUAUCCAAGGAUAGUAAGUGGCAGUUUUGCUCAAUUUUCAUGUGAGCAACAUUUAUAAUGAUGUACAGUAGGUGGCUGUAGUUAACAUUUUCUGGGGAAAGUUAUGUUAUUAUAUAUUUAUAAAUGCCCUGUUCUCUCUCAGUAAUUUAAUAUAAUUAUAUUAAAACAGAAAUGUGAGAGAAAAAAACUAUGUAAUUCUCCAAAACCUGAAUCAUUUGUAUUUGUUUCAAAAAAUGUUUUUAUUUGUUUCUAUAAUAUGGUGCAAAAUCAGAUGUUUUUCUGUUGUUCAGAUGCUAGUCAGGGUCUCUAUGUAGCAUGAAUCACAAAGUACACCUUAAGUACAGUCAUCAAAUGUAUUGUACAUGGGGGUAAGCACUCUGCCAUUUACCACUUAAAAUUUGCCAUUGGUCCUUGGGGUUAGCUGAUACGUAAAAUACCUAUCCAGGCGUUGUAAGAUCGGGCAUGCGUCAGAAAAGCCUGGGCAGAGGAACAGGCCCUUUAAAGGUGAGUUUAGACUCAUAAAUAACUACUCAAUAUUAUUUGUAGAUCAGUCAGUCACCAUUUACCCAUGAUGCAUCACGGUUUUGAUUCUCUCAAACACGGCCACUGAUCACAUCUGGUGUGCAUCAUGUGAUUUUUAAACAACUAUGAGCAGGCAAAGGUUAGUAAGUAAAAGUAAGUUGAUGUUGAAAAAGGGUGAAUUUCCCCCUGACAAGAGGCAUCAUGCAGAGUGAUUCCUGGUUUGAAGAUAUUGGGCAUGUUUAAGUGGUAAGCCGAAAGUAGUCUACGAGUAAAGCCGGAAGAGGUACAUAUGCAUCGACAGCAAGUCAGACAACUUCUGCUAUUUCUAGGAAACGCGACAAUGGCUGACAUGGCAUUCACCUUUGUUAUUGCUGAUGAAGUGGAUGCUAUCGAAAUUCCACUUCUCCUACACGAAGCUGAACAUGAUCAACAUGGUCCAAGGAAUGAAUAUCCUAAUAAGGAAAUUAGACACUAGCCCAAGCUCUAACAUUCACAAGACUUGUUUUGUAUCUUUGUGAUGUUUUCUCAAAAUAUAACCAGGUAGUGAGUGCAUAGGCUACUAGAAUGAGAACAUAUGUGUUUUUGCAGCAUAUGGGAUAUGCUUUGUUCUUUUCCAUUACUUUAUGCCCUUGUACCUUCUUCAUUAUUAUUUGUGAUUGUGUAACAUAGAAUUGUAACAGAUGUGAUUAAAUGGAUUCCAUAAAGAUUC